AUGGAGGAGGACACCGAAUACAAGAAGCUACCGAUCGAUGAACGGUGCGUGCACAAGCUGUGGAAGGCCCGCGUCGAUGGGUACGAGGAGGCGGCCAAACUUUUCCGCACCAUCGACGACGAAAAGUCCCCCGAGUGGAAUAAGUAUCUCGGGCUGAUCAAGAAGUUCGUCAUCGACAGCAAUGCGGUUGCACAGGAGAAGGGUCUCGAGACGACGCUCGUGUUCGUGGAGAACAGUGGCAAUGCGGGCAAAACGGUCGGCGAGGUGAUGGGUGGCAUCGUGACGAAAUGUAUCGGUGCACCGAAAACCAAAACGAAAGAGCUGGCAGUCCAAAUUACGCUCAUGUACGUGGAGAUCGAAAAGCAGGAAACCGUGCUGGAAGAGCUGCUGAAGGGUACCGAGCAAAAGAAUCCCAAAAUAGUGGCGGCCUGUGUUAGUGCGAUUACGCUCGCGUUGCGCGAGUUUGGCAACAAGGUAAUGAACAUCAAAUCGAUCGUGAAACGACUGCCAGCCCUGCUAAGCGAUCGCGAUAAGACGGUGCGGGAUGAAUCGAAGGCGCUCACGGUGGAGAUUUAUCGGUGGAUUGGGGCAGCUUUCAAGUCGCAAAUUGCUUCCCUGCCCGCCGUACUGUUGGCCGAGCUGGAGACAGAGUUUGAAAAGAUUGGUAGCGAAAAAGCCACACCGGUGCGGUAUUUGCGGUCACAGCAAGAGAAACAGCAACAGAUUGCAGCUUCAGCGGUGGAUGGAGCCGAGGGAGAGGAUGAUGGUGAUGGGGUAGAAGGUGGUGGUGAGGCAGGAGAUGAGAUUGAUCCGAUGGAUUUGAUCGAUCCGGUCGAUAUACUGUCGAAGCUGCCUAAAGAUUUUUACGACAAGCUGGAAGCUAAGAAGUGGCAGGAACGGAAGGAAUCUCUGGAAGCGCUGGAAACGUUGCUGCAAAACCCGAAACUACAGCCUGGCGAUUAUGGUGAUGUGGUGCGAGCGCUGAAGAAGGUGAUCACAAAGGACACGAAUGUAGUGCUGGUCGCGCUGGGUGGCAAAUGUUUGGCGAUGCUGGCGAAAGGGCUGGGCAAGAAAUUCAACACGUAUGCCGGGGCUUGCGUUCCAGCGAUACUUGAAAAGUUUAAGGAGAAAAAAUCGAACGUCGUUACUGCGUUGCGGGAUGCGAUCGAUGCGAUCUACCCCUCCACCACACUGGAAGCUAUCCUAGAGGACGUCCUCGAGGCGCUGGGCAAUAAAAAUCCAAGCGUCAAAAUGGAAACUGCCUCCUUCCUCGCCCGUUCAUUCACCAAAACCCUACCCACGGCGCUAUCGAAGAAAAUCCUUAAACCUUUAAUAGCGGCACUACUAAAGACGGUAAAUGAACCCGAUCCGGCUGUAAGAGAUGCGGCGGCCGAUGCGAUCGGUACCGCCAUGAAGCUAGUGGGUGAGAAAACGAUCGGCCCGUACCUAACCGAUGUGGACGCACUGAAGAUGGCUAAAAUAAAGGAAUGCUGCGAGCGUGCUGUCAUUACGGUCAAGAUUCCGGCCGCUCGUAAAGAACGCCCAGCAACGGCACCAGCUAAGGCGGUUACGGCCAUCAAGAAGGCACCAUCGGAGACAAAAGUUGGAGCCAGCGCAGGAGCUGUUCAGCGUCCAGCAACGGCAGCAACCGUCGUUAAGAAGGUAGUUUCCGGGGGCGGAGGUCUGAAGAAAAGUGCUACCGGAAGCUCUCUGGGUGGAAGGGCCGGUGCGGGGGCUAAAGCGGGCUCAUCUGCUUCAUCCGCUCCAAACACGGAGAAAGAUCUCUCACAGGAAGAAAUCGACGAGCGAGCGAGUGAAAUGCUUCCACCCGACGCUCUCGGUGGACUGGUGGAUGCGAACUGGAAAACACGUCUCAGUGCCGUUGAGUCCUUUGCCGGAGCCAUCGCUGGCCUCGACUCGAAACCGGGCUUGUCACAAAUAUUGCUACGCUCGUUGGGCAAAAAACCGGGCUUUAAGGAUACCAACUUUCAGGUGCUGAAAGGAAAGCUAGACACGGCGCGUACUGUUGUGGAACGUUUCGGCAUUACCACCACCACGGCCGAUUACCUGCUAACGGAUGUGACGGAGAAGCUGGGCGAUGCUAAAAAUGGUUCCGCUGCGGCAGCUUUGUUGACCGCGAUCGCAGAAGGUGGCGCACGGUUAGAUUACACCGUCCAGCGCGUAAUGGAGUUUGCGUUCGAGCAGCAAAAAUCUCCCAAAGUGCAGCAGGAGGUACUCGUGUGGGUAGCGACUGCGCUGCGCGAGUUCGGAUUUCAAGUCGAAGCGAAAGGCCUGCUCGAAAGUGCUCGAAAGGCGGUGCAGAGUAUAAAUCCUGCUGUGCGUACCGCUGGCAUUGCACUGUUGGGCACGAUGUACCUUUUCAUGGGCCAACCGUUGACAAUGUUUUUCGACAGUGAAAAACCUGCCCUAAAGCAACAAAUUAUGGCCGAAUUUGAGCGUUGUGCAGGACAGAAGCCACCACCGCCAACUCGUGGAGCAACCGCGAAAUCAGGAUCCGCAGGGGGAGAUGACGAGGACGAGGAUGGGGGUGGGGGUGGUGCCGAGGAAGAGUCCGCUCCGAUGGUGAACGUGAACGAUCUUCUACCCCGGAUCGACAUUUCUGGGCAAAUUACGGAAGCGCUACUAACGGAACUAUCGGACAAAAAUUGGAAAACACGGAACGAAGGUUUGGUACGGUUGCAAACAAUUAUUGCCGAGGCAAAGCUUAUCAAACCAACGCUUGGGGAUUUGCCGCAGGUGCUGGCACAGCGGCUAGUUGACAGUAAUGCAAAGAUAGCGCAAACUUCGGUGGAAAUCUGUCAGCAAAUCGCGAUUGCGAUGGGUCCUCCUUGUCGGCAGUAUGUGCGGGCGUUUUUCCCCGGCUUUCUCAAAGGACUCGGCGAUGGUAAAAGCUUCAUCCGAAGCGCCUGUCUAACGUGUAUCAAUACGUGGGGCGAGCAGGCUGGUUAUAAGGAUUUUUUCGAUGGUGAAAUGAUUGCCGAUGCGCUCAAGACUGGUAGUCCGGCGCUGCGAACCGAACUUUACGCGUGGUUGGCUGAGAAACUACCCAACAUGCCUACGAAAAGCAUCCCGAAAGACGAGCUGCUGGCCAUACUGCCCCAUCUGUACACGCAUAUUACCGAUCGGAGUGCGGAUGUGCGCAAAAACGCUAACGACGCUAUCCUUGGGGUGAUGAUCCACAUGGGGUAUGAUGCAAUGGUGAAAGCACUGGACAAGCAGAAGCCAAUCUCGAAGAAAGACAUACAGGCUGCACUUGAUAAGGCCCGGCCCAAUCUCCCUGUGAAGCAGCUACCCCCUGCAAAGGCUGCACCACCACCGGAAGAAGCGCCUCCAAGCAAGGGUGGACUAAAGCUUAAGACACCGAAAUCGGCUGGUGGAGCUGCUGCUGCCGGUGGUCGAAUCGGACCAGGAUCGGCCGGUUCCGACAAGUCCGGCGGUGCUGGUGGUGGAUCGGGUGUUGGCAGUGCUGGCAGUGGAGGAGGCACCUCAUCAUCCCGCAAGAAGGAAGAGGAUGCCGACUCCUUAGCACCUUUGCUCGCUGUAAACGGGCUCAAAAAGCAACGGUUUGUUGACGAACAGAAACUAAAAGUGUUGAAAUGGACAUUUACCACACCCCGGGAAGAGUUCUACGAACUGCUGAAGGAGCAGAUGCAAACGGCCAACGUCAACAAAGCACUUAUGGUAAACAUGUUUCACGACGACUUCCGCUACCAUCUGAAGGUGAUUGAUGCGCUGAUGGAAGAUUUGGCAACGAACGAGGAAGCACUUAUCUGUAACCUGGACCUAGUGAUGAAGUGGCUCUCGCUACGCUUCUACGACACAAAUCCAUCCGUACUGCUGAAGGGCCUAGAGUAUUUGAAUCAGGUCUUUCAACGACUCGUCGAUCGGCAGUAUAUGCUGGCAGACAUCGAAGGUAGCUCGUUCGUACCGCAUCUUCUGAUAAAGAUCGGUGAUCCGAAAGAUGUCGUCCGGAAUGGUGUGCGAACGCUUCUCCGCCAGAUCUGCCUGCUUUACCCAUUCUCGAAAGUGUUCGUUUUUAUCAUGGACGCACUGAAAUCGAAAAAUGCGCGCCAGCGUGCGGAAUGUUUGGACGAGCUCGGUUAUCUGAUUGAAACGUACGGCCUAACCGUCUGUCAGCCAUCGCAACCGGUUGCGCUGAAGGAAAUCGCUCGCCACAUAUCCGACCGGGACAAUGCGGUGCGCAAUGCGGCGUUAAAUGCAGUUGUGCAGGCUUACUUUUUAACCGGCGAGAAGAUCUACAAACUGAUCGGCCAGCUUUCCGACAAGGAUCUUUCGAUGUUGGAUGAGCGUAUAAAGCGAUCGAAGAAGGCGUCGGUACUUCCGGGCAAGAAGCUGCCCCCCGGUGUGACCGGUGUACCGGGAGCUGACAUUACGAUUGUGGCAAAGGAAAGCAUUGUGCCCGUUGCGCAGGAGGUGACGGUACAUCCGGUGAGGGAUGUGGAUGAAGCGAUGGAUGAGGACGAAACGCUGAUACCGACGCAUGCGGACCCGGUGGCCGUACCAAUGAAAAUCAUUGUACCCGAGCUUCCACAGCCGCGCGUUGUGAAGGGUCCGUUCAAGCUGGACGAGAAUGUGAUAGCGGAUAUCGAACGGAACUGGGUGAAGGCCGACGAUCUCGGCAAAACCGUCCUAAGCCCGAUGGAUGAUUCCUUCAUCUACGACGAGCUGACCGUGUUUGCGGUGAAUGGCGUAUCAUAUCCGGAGGAGAAAUUCCGCCAGCUUACCCAACGUAACCUGUUGCUAUCGACAGCUGGCGGUGGACCUGGUGAAUCGCCCGUUCAUCAUCGUCCCACGACAGCCACGACGACGACGACGACGACGGUGUCCAGUAUUCGACCACCGCUCGAUGGUAGCGGCCUGAUACCCAAACCGAAACCUGCUCCUCCCGUCGUACCAAGUUUGACCGAUGCUCUCCCGAAGAUGGAUCAGAAUUUGGUGCGCAUUAUUCGUGGAAUUGGAAACACGGACAGUUUUGCUGCACAUGCCGCCUUAAACGAGCUAACCGAUAUCAUGCAAUCGCCGGAGAAACAGGCCGUGCUGCGAGGCUAUGAAGAGAUGUACAUACAGCACGUACUGCAGCAAUUUAAGAACAUCCAGCAAAAACCGAUCGCCGAAUCGAUGAACAUAUAUCAACCAUUGCUCCACAGCAUCUUCAUGUUUUUCGCCUCCAAAUCGCUCGGCAAGCAUCUAUCGAUAGUGUCCAUUAAAAACAUAAUCUCCGUGCUGCUGGGACUGAUGGCGGACAACCGGCUGGUAACCGGUAUCGACGAUGCACAGUUCGUCAAGGUGGUAAAUGGCAUCUGUCUAAAGAUACUGGACCGUACCAACUUCACGUACAUGAACUGUGCACUCAUCCGCUUGCUGAAGGAAUCCUGCCAGACUAGUUGCUUGCCAAAGUUUACCGAUCUGCAGAUGAAGUGCAUCUGGCGCAACGUGAAGGUCAUACCGGAUCGGUUGGCCGAGCUAGACUAUGAGGCUGUGCUGCUGGAAGUGCACGAAUUUAUGCUUGCCCUCCCGUCGACCUGGUGGCAAUCGCGCCCAUCCGAUAUGCCGCUCCGAACGGUGAAAACGAUCAUUCACAAUAUGACGAAAAUUAAGGGUAACGCUAUACUGCAGCAUUUGAAUACGAUACCGACACGUUCGGAGCUACACUCGUACGUGUUGCGCAUUCUGAAGAACAUCAACAAGGAUGCAACCGGUGGUACGGUGGCUGGAGAUGGUGAAGCGGGCGGUGGUGGUUCGUUACGAUCAAGCACCGGUGGCAUGAUGGUUACCGCACAGAACAAUGCACUUAACAGCGACAAUAACAACCAUGGCGGUACGCGCAGCAGUAUGAUCGGUGGUGGUGAUGGGGAUGGUAACGGUCCGGUGGUUGGUUCCGAAUACCAGAAGUAUAUUGCCAUCAAUGCGAGCGUUGAAAGUGGCGCCGAUGGUAGUAAAGGUGGUCCAGAAAACAAACAAAAUCCCGAAUUUUGGAUGGCACGACUCAAUUAUCUAACGAAAAAGACUACCGUCGGACAGCCAAAUCGCGGGAGCAUCGUCGGCGCAACCGGCACACAGCUGUCGAUAGACGGGACGGGAACGACGCUCGGCGGCAGCACGACGACGGUACCCGGUGGUAUUAUUACGGACGAGAAUCUGAAUCUUAACCAAAUGCAGGGCAGCAAGUUCAGCAUUCGUCGCGGACUGGAGGGGCACGAGACCACCCUUACCGGAACACCCGUUGGCGGUGGCAUGACUUCACAGCGUCGCGAGCUGUUGCAGCAAAAGCUGGAACAGCUCAAGCAGCACAAGUGAG